AUGGCGGUAUCAUGCACAGCAUCGAUUAACAUUAAUAUUGAUGGACUUCCGUUAUUCAACAAUGGGACCGCACAGGUUUGGCCAAUACUUUUUAACAUACACGAAAAACCAGAUUUACCACCUAUGAUAGCGGGAAUUUUUCACGGACACAGUAAACCUAAAAAAGUGGAGCAAUUUUUGGAUGCAUUCGUGGAAGAAAUUCUACCUAUAAUUAAAAACGGACUAGUCAUAAACAAUCAAAUACUCAGCGUUACCAUCCGAGCCGUAAUAUGCGAUGCUCCUGCAAGAGCUUUUGUGAAGGGUGUUGUUAACUUUAAUUCCAUUAAUGGAUGUUUGAAGUGUCAUACGGUUGGUGAAUAUUCAAAGGAGUUACGGACUAUAAUUUUCCCGCAGACAAAUGCUAUUUGUCGGACAGAUAGUGAUUUUAGAAAUACGCCAAAUGAUAAACACCGUCAGUACUACAAAAUACAGCAGGGCAAAGAGAUCGUUAAAGUUCCAAUUCAGACUCCCUUUCUGAAGUUACCCUUAGACAUGAUACAAGAUUUCGUCGUAUCUGACUCGCUGCAUCUGCUCCAUCUGGGAGUGACGAAAAAGCUUCUUCAUUUUGGAACCGUAACGAGUAAUAUUCAUAAUUUAACACACGUAGUUGAAGAUGUCGAGAAGAAAGGCUCGCUUCCGUCUAUUUCUACUUACCCGUUUGAGAAUCAUUUAUAUCAAAUCAAAAAUAUGGUUAGAUCUGGAAGAUAA